GUGGCUGCCGGUUAGUUUCCGCGUACCAUGGUGCCGACGACGAUCGCGUGACCCCCAUGGACCUGCAUACCGCGGAGGAAAGACAGUCGCGCGCUUCGGGCCGGGCUGGCUCGUAGAAACGAGGACACCCAGGGAGAAACAGUUCAAAUACAAGAGCCUAGAGAAGCUGUUCACGGUCUACCAGAGGAGGGUCCAGUAUGGUUAUCUGUCGCUCUUCGUCCUGCUGCAACUGGCGCUCGGCACCACGUAUUGUUUGAUCUUGGUAACAAUGGUCAGCAUCGAGAACUGCGUGCCGGACGUGGUCGUCUACAGCGUGGGAAGCGCGCUGCUGUGUCCCGUGAUAGCGCUCUCCUUCCGGUCGAAGAUCAUCGCGAAGAACACCUACAUGCCCGUCAUGCUGUCCUGCCUGAUCGUGGUGUUGCUGGUGACCGGCGACCUGGCCGUCCCGUUGUACUACACCCUCACGUACACCGAGAACAUACCACCGAUAAGACCUGCAUACGCAACGCACGCGCUCCUGGCUUGUUACGUCUUCCUACCACUCACGGAAAAUCUGCACGCUUUCAUACUGGGGAUCACGGCUACCAUGUGCUACCUGGUCACUCUCUCGUUGAUCACUUACAGGAACGCGACUGAUUUCACCACCAAGAUCAUCACGGACACGAUUUACUUUGUUUGCGUGAACGGCCUAGGAUUGUACUUCAGAUUCAUGAACGAGGUUUUCAUCAGGCGCACCUUCCUCGAUCGCAGGAAGUGCGUGGAAUCAACCCUGCGGCUUACUUAUGAAAAGGAUCAGGAGGAACAACUCACGCGGAGCAUACUUCCUCAACACAUAGCUGCGAAGAUCAAGAAGGACUUCAGGGAUAUUUUCAAGUUCAUAGAGGAACACAAGACGCCACCGCCUAAAGGACGAACUCAUAGUGACCUGUGCGUCGAGACGCACAACAACGUGAGCAUUUUGUACGCAGACGUGGUGAAUUUUUCUGGGCUGACCGUGGCACUUCCGGUGCGGAAAUUGGUGGAAACGUUGAACGAGCUGUUCGGAAGCUUCGACGAGGCGUCGGAGAGGCACAACGUCCUGCGAAUUAAAUUCCUCGGCGAUUGCUAUUACUGCGUUAGCGGGGUACCGACUCCAAACUCUCAGCAUGCGAAGAGCUGCGUGGAUCUAGGACUCGAUAUGAUAAAAAUCAUCAAAGAAGUGAGAGAAAGGUUGCGCCGCGAGUGCGGAGUAGACGUUAACAUGAGGAUCGGCGUUCAUUCUGGAAACAUAAUAUCGGGGAUCCUGGGCGCCAACAAGUGGCAGUACGACGUAUGGUCGCGCGACGUUGUGAUAGCCAAUAAAAUGGAGCAGACGGGCAAACCGGGCAAAGUGCACAUCACCCAGCAGACGUUGGAUCUCGUGGACGCCAGAGAAUACAACUGCGUUCCCGUAAAGUCCUUGAACGACGAGAUUUUGAAGAAGUACGACAUCCGCAGCUACCUGAUCACGCCUCCUGUAUCCGACGACGAGCUGACCACGCAGAACAGCGAGAACACCUUGACGGUCAUGACUCCGGACUCCCCUCCGGUGGCUAACAGGCAUUACGUGAAAUUUUACAACGUCAGGUCCACCAGUGUCACGUCCAACAGGAACAGCAGACGUCUGACGGGUACCGUGAAUAAUCACGUCGACGUAUUAGCCAGCACCUACAGACGGCGGACUCACUUCAUGGACGCCUGCUUGAGGGACUAUCAUUUGAUGCUGAAAGCCGCGGAUGCGGAGAUGGAGAAUGCUAUUAAGCACAUGCCUCUCGCCAAGUGGGAGCAAUGGUUCAAAUGGGAACACAUAAACCCGUUGUUGUUAACGUUUAAGCCUUGGAACUGGGAAUGGGAGAUACCAUUUCUGAAGGAGCCCGACCCGCUCUUCAAAUUUUACAUCAGCUCCGCUGCGUUCGUUCUGAUUUUUAUGGGACUCAUUUUCUUGGUACCUACGCUUUCUUUUUCCGAAUGGCACGCGAGCACGGCGGUCAGUUAUUCGGUGACCAUGUUGUUCCUAAUCGCUCUGCUCCCGAUAGCUUGGAUGCAUUUCGCGUGGAACCGAUACAAGGACCCGCACGACGAGCACGAGGGACAAGUCCCGCAUCCUCGUAACAAGUUGUUGUGCUUUCUGUAUCAGAGCAGCCUGAAGGUUGUUUGGAGCACGUAUCUCAGGACCAUCCUCUACUUCGUAAUAACGACGAUGUUAGCAGCGUGCGCUAUGUUUGAUAUGAUCUUCGAAUGCAAGAACGUGGACGACCUUUCAACCAACAACGUAACGUCCAGUAUAGCCGAGCCCGGUGCAUCCGAUCUCGAAUGCAUAGCUACACCCUGGCAAAUGACGCAAACUUGUUCCUUGGCAAUCCUAACGAGCUUUUUGUUUCUGAGAAUCCAUUACAUCCUAAAGCUAGUAAUAGGCGUCGCGAUAGUGGGAUUUUAUUCCGGGAAUGUUUGGAUACACCGUUCGAAUUUGUUUCAGUCGGGUGACAGGUGGAAUCCGCACUUAGAACCGAGACUGGCGCACAUUUUAAGCGUAGUUUUCCUUACAUUUUCUUUGCAUCUCAUUGACCGUCAGGCGGAGUACAUGAGCAGAUUGGACUAUCUAUGGAAACGUCAGUUAACGAAGGAGCAGGACGAAGCGUACCACACGAGGAACGCCAACAAACUUCUCUUACGCAACAUCUUGCCGGAGCACGUUGCGGAGUUCUACUUGAACAUGAAUAGAACAGAGGAGAACGAGCCCUAUCACGAGGCCCACAACAACGUGGCUGUCAUGUUUGCCUCGCUGAUGGAUCUGUGCAUCGACGAGAGCGAUAUUCUGGCAGACCUGAACGAGAUCAUCUGCGAAUUCGAUAAACUGUUAUUCGAGUCGCACUUUGUUUGUCGAAUCGAAAAGAUCAAAAUUGCUGGCACCACGUAUAUGGCAGCUUGCGGAUUGGAAGCCAGUCGACGCGAUUCGAUGCACAGCAUGCAAAGCGAAGAAGACUUCAACGACAACAUAGUGAAAGUGAUGGCUCAGUUCGCAGCUGAGAUGUUGGAAGUCCUGGACAAGUUGAACGCGAGAUCGUUCUAUUCGACGAAACCCUACAGAUUGAGAAUUGGAAUAUCACAUGGAGAGGUGACAGCGGGUGUAGUAGGCGCUCAAAAACCAUUGUACGAUAUUUGGGGUGACGCUGUGAACAUGGCGUCGAGGAUGGACACUACCGGUGUUCCUGGGAAGAUACAGGUUACAGAGGAAACCGCGGCUGUGCUCGAACAGCAGGGUGUCAGGUGCCACCUGCGAGGAUCCACGUACGUGAAACCGAAAGGAUUCGUGACGACGUACUUCGUGGGAAUCGACGAGAACCGGAAACUUCAGCGAACGGAUUCCAUCGAAGAGACCUAUCUGUGAUCAAAACUUUAAAAUGAUUUUGAACGUGAUGAAUCUACCUCGGUCAUGGUGACCGCAUUUCGAUCGAAUCACCGUGUGAAAAGUGAGACGUUAAGUAUCUAGGUGAACGCAGAAAGACAGAAGAAUAAAAAAUAAAAAAAAAACCAAAGAAAAUUCGAAAGACCAAAGAACCGAGAAGAAACGCAGUCGUGGACUGUAAUUCUGUAUGGAAUACCUCAAAACAAAAAAGAGAAACUUAUUUAAGCCGUGGUCGAGUUUGCGAUUGCACCGUCAGCGAUCUCGAUCGCAGGUCCAGUGAUACGCAACGUUGUUGCGAAACGGAGAAAAGAAUUUUAAAUAGCGUCUUUCUACGAGGAAACCGAGAAUGAUUUUAUAUGACCAGUACACGUUUAAGAACGGCUUUAUACGUAACGCUGUACGCCGAUGAUAUCUUGCACCGGCGUUUGCCAGUUUGUAAAAAUGAUCGGUUUUUAUGGAGACGAUGGUAUCUACGUGGAAGGUCAAUAUUAAUCAUUAUCCGGAUAUCAUUUGAUUCGUGUAGUUAGAACGUUUGUAUUGUACAUAAACGAACAAGUUUUUCAACGGUUACACUUGGAAAACGCUGUCCUAAACGAUGCACAACCCAGUUGAAAGUACGAUGUAAUAAUCAGUGAUAAAAAGCGCGUAGGAUGCGAGGCUCGGGAAAAAAAGAUUCGCCGAUAGUAAACCUCUCGUACUAUUUGAAUUUUUCAGUCUUUCCCCAAUAAAAUAUUUGAAACUUGAGAUAAAAAUAUACACAUGCAAAAAUGUGAAAAUUUACUUUGCCUGAAUUUCGAGUAAUCGAAUAUCUCGAAUAGGUCUACCUGCAUCGGUCGAUUCUUUUCCUCCCUACACUCGCGAGAAUCAUUUUCUGCAAACGACAAUUUGAUACUUACAAGACAAGUUCGGAGAUUGCUACACUCCAAAGAAAUUUAGAAUUUUGUAGAAACGAAGUACAUUUCUUCUAAAACCGUUUUUAGUUUCAAUAGAAAAUAGCGAUGCGAUUAGGUUCACGCGUACUUUGUUUCUCCAAAGCUAUAGGCUUUUUAGAUUGUAUCAUUUGACGAACUUGCCUUGUUAGUGAUUCGAGUGAUAAUCAAAACAGAUAUAAACCUACUUUAUUCGUGUCAUACGUGAACGAUAAUGACGUUUUUUCAACUGUAUGUUAAAUGUACGAUAUAUCGUGUUUGGUAAACAAAAAAAAAAAAGUAGCUAGUUCGAGAUAUUUAUUGACGUAGGUUCUUCCAGGGUCACGAUAAGUGGCGAACGUUUUCUAAUCUAUCCACGAUGUUUACGUUUGUUAUAAAGUCACAAAGUCUUGUGACUAAUGGUGCUCCUAAAAUUCAGAACUCAACCUUGAAACACCUGGAUGACUUUAACACUUUAUCUACCAAGACACUAUUUAUGAACCUGUUAACUGUGCCGUUGGUCAUCUACUUACCAAUGCUCAAUUUGAGAAAACGGAAGGUUUUUGAUAUACCUAGCAACAGUAACCUUUUGUACAGUCAUUUUGUUAUAAAAUGUUCAAACAGAAUUUCCAUCGUAUUAAAUAAUGUAACUUUCGAAUAUACAUUUCAUAUUUUCAACUUUGGUGGGCUUUGAAUGGGGAACCUAUUUCUAAAUAGGGCGAUAGUUGAAGUGUUGAGCUUCCUUUCGUAAACGUCGAAGACAAAUUUUCAUUCGAAUACGUUCAUCUAGGAUACUACUUCAUUUAAUGUAUACAGGGUGUCCCAAAAAUGUUGUAACACUUUGAAAGGGGUGGUUCGGGAGGUGAUUUGAAACAACUUUUUCCUUAGCGAAAAUGUUGUCCGAGGCUUCGUUGAGGAGAUAUUAAGAGAAAACUCCGGACCAAUCAGAGCGCGUAGCCUACGCCUACCGCGACCGCCCACCAGCAUACUAGCGCUCUGAUUGGUCAAUGUUUUCCGUUAAUAUCUCCUCAACGAAGCCUCGAACAACAUUUUGGCUAAGGAAAAAGUUUUUUCAAAUCACCUCCCGAACCACCCCUUUCAAGGUGUUACAAUAUUUUUGGGACACCCUGUAUACAUUCUUUUCCAUGGCGUCGCUAUGUUUUUAUAGCUCUUAAUUACGAAAGUAGAGUGAAAUUUCUGAAUGUCGCUUCAUAUUUCAGCGAUACGAAAGUUUCUGCUGCUUGAAUUGAAACAUUCAUCACAGUCGUGAUUGGUGUAUCUUUUAACUUUAACACGUUGCGGUUUAGAUCGAUUUCAAUAAAACUGUAAAGGUUAAAAUGAAAAAGACGUCGCACAUGUCCACUACAUCCUGUAAAUUUUAAACGCUGAGAGAGAGAGAGAGAGAGAGAGAGAGAGGGUGUGCAUGUAUGUUUGAGAGAAAGAGAAAUUGGUGUUCAAUGGAUAAGUUAAAAUAAUUCUCCCCACGUGAUAACAAUGCACUUUUAGAGAUAAUUCAGCCCACGCCCAGAAUCAUUAUGUUCUCCCAUUUUACCAAUCGUUCUACAAGAAUGGCAGGAUGAUUUUUUUAUUAAACAAUUUACCAAACUACACGCAUCGUUUUUCUUGUGUCUGAUGUUCCAAUCGAUGAAUCGUACGUUUGGUAAACUGACCUCCCUACCCCGAUCGUAACAAACAAUUGCGACUUUAUUUUUCUAUAAAGUAUAUUAUUGACGUGACCAGCGCUCGUUUAUUUUCAUGUAAAUACUUUUGUACAUACAUUUUUUAAAUAUUAGAAAUAAUGACCAAUGUAAUUAUUCAACAAUUUGAAUAAAGUAUUUAUUACCACCUG